GCAGGAAACUCUGAGGAUCUGUGUUUAUUCUCCUCUACAUGUCUCAUUAAUCAGCUGGGUGUGGAGCGAUCAGGAGCGGCCUGUGUCCUGACUUUUCCGAUAUCUGUCUGACAAUCUGCAAAGUGCCAUUAAGAAGAUAAUAUGGCAGGAUUUGGAUCUAAAGGAACCAUCAAACCUUACCCAAACUUCAAUGCAGCUGACGAUGUCCAGAAGUUGCGGACUGCCAUGAAAGGGAUGGGCACCGAUGAAAAUGCUGUCAUCGAAGUGAUUGCAAACAGAUCCCUUGCCCAGCGUCAGGAAAUUAAAACUGCUUACAAGGCCUCUGUAGGAAAGGAUUUGGAAGAGGACUUGAAAUCUGAGUUAACAGGACACUUUGAAACCGUGAUUCUCGGCCUGCUGACCCCAUCAAUUCUAUAUGACACACAAGAGCUAAAGAAAGCCAUGAAGGGUGCAGGAACUAAUGAAGGGUGUCUGAUUGAAAUCUUGGCUUCACGGUCAGAAGAAGAAAUUCGUAAUAUCAAUGUAACCUAUAAACUGAAAAAUGGCAAGUCUCUGGAGGACGAUAUUUGCUCCGACACCUCUUUCAUGUUCCAGAGGGUGCUGGUAUCCCUAGCUACUGGAGGAAGAGACCAGAGUGACAAGGUGGAUGAUGCUCUUGCCCAACAGGAUGCUAAGGCCCUAUAUGAAGCUGGUGAGAAAAAGUGGGGGACCGAUGAAGUGAAAUUUCUCUCCAUUCUUUGCACUAGAAACAGGAGGCAUUUACUGAAAGUUUUCGAUGAAUAUAAAAAGAUUUCAAAAAAAGAUAUUGAGGCCAGUAUAAAAUCUGAGAUGUCUGGACACUUUGAAGAUGCUCUCCUGGCCAUUGUGAAAUGUACAAGGAGCAAACCCGGUUACUUUGCUGAACGAUUGUAUAAAUCCAUGAAGGGCCUGGGCACAGACGACAACACGCUUAUCAGAGUAAUGGUUUCUCGCUGUGAAGUUGACAUGUUGGAAAUCCGCUCAGAGUUCAAGAAGAUGUAUGGCAAGUCUCUGCAUUCCUUUAUCAAGGGAGACUGUUCUGGAGAUUACAGGAAGUUGCUUCUGAAGCUUUGUGGAGGAGAAGACUGAGUCCAUUCCCCGCACACACGUCCAGGAAAACUCUUUAUAAAUGUAUAAGACCUGCUAGCAGUAAAAUAAAUAAAUCUCUUUUUAUGAUGAC